CCCUUCUUUCCUAGGGUUUCUCACGUCGAGUCCCUUCUCUCUUCCCCUUCGAUAACGGUGGCCGCCCCUCCCCGAACCUCCCGAUCUCACGUUUCGAGCGAGCGCGAUCGCGAACCCUAAACCCUGGAAAACUAGGGUUUCUCGGUGACCUGGAUGUAGUUAGUAUCACCACUGGAGCAAUAGAAGAUGGCAGAAGUAGUUUCCAUGGAGGAUAUUGAAGCGCAAGCCAAGAUCUUUGGGAUUGAUCUCUCUUCUGUUGAUUUGGAUUCGAUCACAGUUCCUCCUGGCGAAGAUUUUGGCAUCAAAAGCGAUGAUGAGGAGGUUCUGCAGGAGGAGGACCCACCAGAAUACGAAGCGGGAUUCGGAAACAUAAUAGUUGUGGAUAAUCUCCCUGUAGUCCCUCCGGAGAAAUUUGAGAAGCUUGAGGGUGUUGUACGCAAGAUCUAUAGUCAGAUUGGGGUGAUUAAAGAAGGGGGGCUAUGGAUGCCAGUCAACCCAGAAACGAAAAAAACCCUAGGAUAUUGCUUCAUAGAGUAUAGCACCCCUCAGGAAGCAGAGCUUGCUAGGGAAAAGACUCAUGGGUAUAAGCUGGACAAAUCUCAUAUAUUCGCUGUGAACAUGUUUGAUGACUUUGAGAAGUAUAUGAAGGUCCCUGAUGAGUGGACUCCUGCCGAAAUUACGCCGUACACACCCGGGGAAAAUCUACAACAAUGGCUAACUGAUGAGAAAGCUAGAGAUCAGUUUGCCAUCCGUGCUGGUACAUUUACUGAAGUUUUUUGGAAUGAUGCCCGGCAGUUGAUGCCUGAGCUUGUGUACCAUCGUCAGUACUGGACUGACAGUUUUGUUCAAUGGUCCCCUCUCGGAACAUACUUGGCUACAGUCCAUCGGCAGGGUGCUGCUGUUUGGGGAGGUGCUACUACAUUUAAUCGCUUGAUGCGUUUUGCCCAUCCACAGGUAAAACUGAUUGAUUUCUCUCCUGGGGAGAAGUACUUGAUCACAUAUAGUAGCCAUGAACCCAGCAAUCCCCGUGAUACCCACAGAGUUGUGCUGAACAUCUUUGAUGUGAGGACUGGAAAAGUUAUGCGAGAUUUUAAGGGAAAUGCGGAUGAAUUUUUGACCGGUGGAAGCGGAGGUGUUUCUGGUAUUUCGUGGCCCAUCUUUAGGUGGGGCGGUGGAAGAGAUGACAAAUAUUUCGCGAGAAUUGGGAAGAACAUGAUCUCUGUUUAUGAAACCGAGACUUUUACUCUUAUUGAUAAGAAGUCCUUGAAGGUGGAAAAUGUUAUGGACUUUAGCUGGUCCCCUGCCGACCCUAUAUUAGCCCUAUUUGUUCCUGAAUUAGGUGGUGGAAAUCAACCUGCCAGGGUAAGUCUUGUCCAGAUCCCGGGCAAAGAGGAACUGAGGCAGAAAAACCUCUUUAGCGUCAGUGAUUGCAAGAUGUAUUGGCAAAGCAAUGGAGAGUACCUCGCUGUUAAGGUCGACAGAUACACUAAGACAAAGAAGAGCACCUACACAGGCUUUGAGCUUUUCCGCAUUAAGGAAAGAGACAUCCCAAUCGAGGUGCUCGAGCUUGAUAAUAAGAAUGAUAAGAUUGUUGCCUUUGCAUGGGAGCCCAAAGGGCAUCGUUUUGCCGUUAUUCAUGGAGAUGGGCCCCGGCCCGAUGUAAGCUUCUACUCGAUGAAAACAGCUAAUAACACAGGACGAGUCUCUAAGCUUACCACUCUCAAGGCUAAGCAAGCUAAUGCUCUCUAUUGGUCACCUGCUGGCCGGUUCAUUGUGCUUGCUGGGCUGAAGGGGUUCAAUGGACAAUUGGAAUUCUACAAUGUCGAUGAGUUGGAGACAAUGGCCACAGGAGAGCAUUUUAUGGCCACUGACAUUGAGUGGGAUCCCACUGGAAGGUAUCUUGCGACUUCGGUCACUUCAGUCCAUGAGAUGGAGAAUGGUUUCUACAUAUGGUCCUUCAAUGGAAAGCUGCUUUACAGGAUACCAAAGGAUCACUUCUUUCAGUUCCUAUGGCGCCCGAGGCCACCGUCCCUCCUGAGCGCGGAGAAAGAGGAGGAGAUUUCCCGUAACCUGAGGAAGUACAGCAAGAAGUACGAGGCGGAGGACCAGGACGUGUCCCUUCAGUUGAGCGAGCAGGACAGGAAGAAGAGGAAGAUGCUGCAGGAGGAAUGGGAAGGGUGGGUGAGCAAGUGGAAGCAGCUGCAUGAGGAAGAGAGGGAUCUUCGGGUUCAGCUUAGGGACGGAGAGGCGAGCGACGAGGAGGAAGAGUACGAGGCUAAAGAGGUGGAAGUGGAAGAGGUGUUGGACGUUACCGAGGAGGUUGUUGCGUUCGAUUUGGAUCAAGAGUGAAGCUUCCCUUCGCUGUUGCUCGUGGCAAAGAUAGUAUAGUCGAACCUGUUUUAACUUGUAUGGAAGUUAAAUUUUUUUGACUGUUUUAUGGUGUUUGAGCUAAUUGUUACGCUUAUGGACUUUGAGGUGAAAGACAAUUUUUUUAAGAUUUUUCAUCCUUUUGCCUUUAUUAUUGCGAGACUUUAAAUUUGUAUGUUUA